CGCGACAGAAACUCACGACUGGUUUGAGUCGUGAAGCUUUCCCAUAGCGCCGCCAAUUCACCUUCGGCUGUGCGGCUUCAUCGUUCUGCCCCAUUUCACGCUCACAGAUCGGACUUGUGGAGCUGAAGUUCCCCACUUGCAGUGACUGCGCGCCGCCGUCGCUCUCGACCCGCCAAAUAGCUGCACCAACCUUAAGCACGCCGCGAGGCAAGCUCGACAGCGUCAUGCAAACGUCCGCUCGUCGGUGAUCGGGUCAACAGCAAGGCAACGGCAUCCUGAAAGCGAUUCUAAACUUCUCUUGCCUCGGGACGUUCCAAUCACGCAUUGCUCCUAUCAACGCCCUGACGAGCACAGCUAAGGUGCCGCCUGCCACAAGGCCGGCGUCGCGGUCGGACGCUCUCGUCCCUCGACUUAUCGAUUGCGUGCGAUUCGUGGCGACCAGGCCGAGAUGGCUUCAGAUCAGCCAGAGGGUCGAGCUCCUGCAGAGAACUCUCAGCCGAAAACGACCACCAUAGGAUCUAGAAGCAAUCUGACCGGAGUGUUGGCGGCAACCGCUCCAUCUCGAUCGUCCCCGUUGCGGCGUCUCUCAUCUUCUCGGGAUGCCCCCGAAAGAGAGGGCGAGUCGCCCAAUGCCCAGGCAGAGUUGCAACAAGAUCCUCAAAGGGACGACACCAAUGACCAUCGGGAAGACGGCACCGAGCCUGGUGGUAGUACCGCUUCCAGCUUGACGCCUCGCGAACAUCCUAGAGGUGCUCACCUCAGCUCGUCAAUUUCGGCGUCGUCGGGAGGAUCACACUGGACUUUGGAGGACCUUGGCGGGAACGAAACCCCGACAAGCGGUGGAGGAAGCUCGGCAAGUCGAGCUCGCCCUCUGUAUGCGCCAGCGACUCGACAUCCUCGUGCAGCGCUGUCAGGAAUUUCGAUCCAUCACGCUGUACCGUCCUUAAGAUCAUCAUCGCCUCUGGCGGUGUCCGCGAUCAGCGCGGACAACGAGGAAGUCGAAGAUGAUGAUGCGAGCGUUUCCGCAGAUCUUCGCCUGCGCAUGUCCGGCAUGGCGCCGAAUCAGGGAGUUGUAGAUCCUACGUUGACUUCGCAGUCUCCAGCAUCUUCGAGGAGCUCAUCGUUCGGUGCAUCAAACACGUCUAGACCGGAAAUUCGAUCUGCUCUCACGUCGCCGAGUCCAAUGCCUAGCACGAGCAGGUCUGGAAGAAGGAACCUGUCGCGUGACAGCUCGGCUUUGUCGAUGGAAGAUAGCGACAUUCCUCUGAAUACAGGCCCUUUGCGUUUGCAGCGCUCGUCCUCUACAGCUGGCAUUUUUGACCUUGACGAGCCAUCGGCUAGCGCUUCCAGCAAGUCUAGUCAGACUUCAAGCGCUAGCGGCACAGCAGGCGCGUUCGCCACGUUUAUUGACCCUUUGGGUGCACGAACCUCUCUUUCAACUUCCGCGUCUGCUGCUGCUCAGCAUGCCGGGGCGACAGCUCCGGGUCAGUCACAGUUGCUAUCUCCUUCUCCUGAGAGCUCCCGGAGGUCUAGCGCGCGAUUGAGUUUGGGGCCUCCGGUUGUAGGCUCUUCUUCACCACUGUCAGCACCUCUCGCAGCGCCAGUCAUGACCAGCCAAGGACCGACGGCGUCGAGCUCGGUGGGUCACAGCAAGACCUCCAGAGCACCGCUAGAUACCACCCCUUCGUUCUCCAGUCCAUUAGCAUAUGCCUCCAUCUUGCCCAGCGAGCACGCAGAUGACUUGGACCUAGAUCAUGCGGUCGAGUCCACUUCGCCAAGAAUACCAUCCCAAGAGGCCGACGUCCGAGACUCUCUGGCGACCAGUGAGCAGCAAGAUGAUUCUCUGGCCGAUUUGAGUAGCACUCCUGCCUCCCCGAAGCGUGAGAGGUCAGCUAGUGCGAAAGCAAAGUUGAUGGCUCAUGCCCGUGAUUGGCAGCCGAUCCAGGGCCUCUCUUCAAACACGCCAGUUGCGUCGCGGGCCGCGAGCGUCACUGCCUUUGGCACGACUGGAUCUGCACCUAGCUCCAUUUCGACGUCUCCAGAUGCAGUCUCGGGCUCUCUUUCGAGGUCUGCCCGCAGAAAGAGCGCUCUAUCCCCUGGCGCGCCAAUGGGACCACCCGCCAUCGUUCCCCGGAAGGCAAGCGCGCCCACGCGCAGCUCCGAAGUACCGCCCGCUCCCGAGCCGUCUGAACCCGGGGCUGCACACGUUCAGAGAGCCAGAACGAUACAAUCAAGUGCCGCCACCUCCAGAGUCGCUGCGCCUGCGAAGGGCGAAGACCCUAACAACCUCGGUCUUGGCCUGCCGUCUCCUUCGAACCCCCAGCAUCACAAAGACAGCGGAUCUUCCGCCCCGCCUUCUGCGUGGGAUCCGAGGCAUACAAUGCAUGCGGGAGAAAGCUCGAAGCCAUCAGUGUCCGGAGGUAUUACGGGCACUCGACGAAGGAGGUCAUCGGCUGCGAAUCUGUCUGCCAAUGCGCAUAGAAGGGCUCGAUCUCUGGGCGGCGCUCUGCUCGGAAGCGACGUGGCUGCGGCAGUCGGUGGACCCGACGGCGUAGAUCCAAAUUUGGUCGCAGCGAUUCGCGCCGGAGAUGCUAGCAUUCCGCGAACACCUUCCGCAGCUCCGCACGACCUGGCCGCUGCAAUCGCCUCCGCCACCGCAACCCCCAGCGACGGCACACCGCCAUCCUCUGCUGGAACCGUGGCUGGCUCAGUAGCGGCGACUCACUCUUCGCCGUCGCACGCUUCCGCCUCUACUUCUCCACGAAUGGCGUCGCUUCCUUCAACGCCUAGCGGCUCGCUACGAAUGACGAAUAAGCGUCUCGAUCUACUCAACGUCAUGCCCGACACCCGUGCGCUCGCUACCUCCUAUCCUUCGAUGCAAAUGCCAGCGACUUCCCCAAGGCCUCCCAAUCCUUUUUCCAGUCACGCCGGCACCUCGUCAGGGUCGCCUGAUUCUGAAGACUCAAGAAUAUCACCCACAGCGCCGCUUCCUCCUUCGUCUCUUCCGAUGCCGUCGAGCGCAUCCAAAACCAAGUUGUCUUCCUCGAUGCAAGCGCAAUCACCUCUGAACGCGCCAAGCGACUACGUCAGAUCCCGCGUUCGGAGCCAGACUUUGGCUUCGCCCAGAAGUGCGCAAGCUUCGCUGAGUGGUGCAGCGCCGGCUGGAGCAGCCAACUUAGCCGCACCACUGGGCGAGGCGAUCCGGCUCCAACGAAUGCCAACCGCAGUUAGGAUGGCCAAUGAUCUGAACCUGCCACCGUCUCCGUCCAUCUCGAGGGCUGGAGAAGCUUCUGUGGACCAUUUGUCCAUGUCUCUUGCCUCACUGCCCUCCUUGUCGGAGAGUCAAACGGAUUCUCACAGUGUGGAUCCGCUUAGUCGUCUCGGUCUAGGAAUAGGGUUGCAUCCAGCUAGCGAGGCGCGCAUGGGAGUCCAGCCGCCCGUUUCCGCUGGCGCGCAUCUAGCCCAGACAGUCAAUGCUGGUUUAACCUCUCCGUCGUCGAGCUCAGGUCGAAGUUCCCCGGUUGUAUCACGGAGGAAUACGAACCAAGAGAUUCACAAUGCUCCAAGGCCAAGCCCGAACAUGCCUGCAACGUCAUUCUCUCGCGAAGGUGGAACAAUCCGAUCGCCAGGUUCUGCGCCGACACAAUCGGCUCGAUUGGGCCUCUCCGGCUCUGCCGAUAGACCUUCUGGAUCGGCAUUCGCGCCCUUGCUUAGCAUUCCUCCUAUGGGAGAGACACGAAAACACGAUGCCGUGGCUAUCGAAAAGAGCAGCAUGCCUGACCUCGGCUACUCGUUUGACACCAUCAGUCGUCCAGCUCCGUGGAUUGCAAGCUCGCAGGAUUCCAAACCACAUCGAUCUCUCCACGGCAAGGCUGCGCUGACUGCACGGCCGUCAUCGUCGCACGGACGGACGCAUCUUGAAUUACCGGCGGUGCCUUACUUCGGUUCCCAGAAUCGCAUGUCGUUUGCAGGACCACCAAGUGGGCCGAUACGGCCUGCUGCUUCGCCAAGCGCAUCUCACCAGCUUGGUAUCGACGAAUACGCUCGCAUCAUUGUGCAGUCUCGUAACGCAAAGAUGCAAAAAUGGCGCUCUACAGCACGCUCAGCUGUUUCGCCACCUGCAUCCGCGGGCUUACAAACAUCUCCGCUUCAGAGAGCCAUGACUGAUGGCAUGAGCACCUAUCCUAGUGGACGUUACACUACUUUGGAGGGACCGCAGCAAAUGACCGCAUCUAGCGUCCUGCGUCGACAGAGCACGCUCACACUGCGACAACAGAGCGAUGGGAUAGCAGAGCGGCAGCGAUCCGUGAGCGUCAGUAAUCGCCAAGCACCAGAUCCUCGCGCUGGCCCGGCGAAUGCUUUGUCAUCUUCAUCGGCUCAGUCUUCUGUACAAGACGCGACCUCGCCCCCUGUCGUUUCUGAGUUCCAGGAUCCUCCGAUUGAUGAGGCUGGCAAGGAGAUCGAAUGGGUCGAUUGGUUGGACGAGUACCGUCGACUGAAAGAGGCCAAGCUUCGAUCGCAACGGGCGUCCCAUCCGCCCGAGGCGACGCCAGCGAAGGCCUUGACACCCGUAGAGCGCACACCGUCGGAGGCGACAUCGCUUGAUCAGGCGGUGCUGCAACCGGCGCCGAACGUCUCCCCGCAGCUCGAACUCGCAUCAAUGGACACGCGCGGCUCUUUCGCAGAAACGACCAGUCCUGGAGCCGGUGGCCCCUCUUUACCGGAUCCUCGGUCUCGAGGACAGCCAAGGCGGCCGUCAGAAUUGUCCCGCUUUUCGCAGCAACGAGUUGCUCGCGAGCCUUCCAGAAGCAUGUCAUUAGGACAGUCGUUGGGCAUCGAGCCACGCAGCUCGCAGCCGCCGAUUUCACAGGGCCUUUCCCACGCCCCUUCUCCCCGCAACCUCUCUCUCUCUCCGAUAACUUCACGUCUGGUCAGCGCAGGCUCGACUGCAAGUAGCUCCACAGGCACUGAUUAUGCUCCAGGAUUUGGGUCGUCGAGCGGCCGACGCAAGCGCAACCUCGGCUCGAAGAUAGAAGCGUGGUGGGGUGCCGUCAAGUCCGGAUUUGUCGGCGCACAGCCAUCUCCACCUCAAAGCGCAGCUUCAGUCGGUACGCCUUCCUUCUAUGAGCGAAACAUGACUCCCGGACACAAUGAAGCGCCCCGCGCGUCUGGCUUUUCACGUCUAGCACCCCAGACGACCAGUCCAACAACAAGCACUCAUCUGCGAUCGUUCACUACGAAUCCACGUCCUCAUUCAGAUAUGCGCUCUGUUCACACGCUCAGGCCGUCGUCUUCAGCUCAAAACCUCAAGGCGAGCGAAGCUUCGCAGGAACCCACGCCAUCGGGCCAAAAUUCCAGCGCCACGUCUGCUGGCCAGCCCAAGUUCGACGAAGCACUGCCUGAAACGCAGCUUUCUGAUCGGACAAGCUCUCAUUCAGGCUCUCGACCUCGCCGUCAAAUGAAGCUGUCGCUCAAUCUCGAGGCUGGGCUGAGCUCUUUCAACGCCGAUGCAUUCGAUGGCAUUCCUGGCACUCGUGCUUCAGACAGCAGCAGCACUGCUCCCGGCUCCGCGGCUUCGAAGCCUUUGACGUCAGGCCGACCCGAGCCGCCUUCGAGCGACCGCUCACAUUUCAGCGACAGACCAAGCUCUCCCAAAGGUACAAGGGCACUUUCAGAAAAUUGGGGUCACAGUCCAAAAGCCCCGCCCAGACAUGCCUCCACACCGCCGAGGCUACCGGAGGUCCAGACUUCCGCCGCACGGGAAGAACUCAGCGCAGUGGGCGCAUCAUCGCCAUCGAGCUCAGCUGCAAUGAAUGUGGAUGAUUCCGGCAAGAAUUCCGCUGGCUCAAAGGACAUGACAAUGACAUCGAUUCGGCAACACAUUCGGCAUCGCCUAGCUGCCUCGAAGGAUAGCUGCGACAAGGAGCUACGCAAGAUCAUCGGCACUAUCAGCGAAUGGGUUGAAGACUCACUUGCCGAGAAGGAGGAAGACAAUGGGCAAGUUGAAGAAGGCGAAGGUGCAACAAGUCCGUCCGCCACACCAGAUGCGCAAGGCAUCUUCAACUCGGAUGUCGAGGAUCUCACGCUCGGCCUUGAUCGCGCGACUCUAUCGGAGCCACCGCCAUCGACGUCAGCCAUCGACCCUGGAUUGUGCGAAUCCGCCGGAGAGAUGACUCCGGCAUCUUGCACGGCAAUCGCCUCGCCUAGCGCACUCUCGACCUCGGCGACGCAAGAUGGCACCGUGAAAGGCGCGUCUGAUCCCAGUGAGACUUCUCAAGGACCUAUGCAAUACUUGAUGCAGCCGAUGCCCCGUCGACCGGGCGGAGAGUCAGCUUCGAUCUCGAUGCUGGCCCAGCAAAAUUAUCGUCUUUCUUCGCCGCCAGCUCAUCCGUUGGGCGCAGCGUCCAGUCCUCAACGAUCGAACGCCUCUCAUGCCCUCUCUAGAAGCCGAUCCCGCGACGUCUUGCGUUCUGUGUCUGCAUCGCGUUCCACAUCCAGGUCUCACUCGCCGAUGCCUCAGACGACCGACUCGCCACAGCUUUCUCCGGCUCGAAGGAUCCGGCCGCUCUUCACGGAAGAUCCACCUCUCGAGCCUUACAUUCCCGCCCUUCAGGAGAUUGUCUCUCUUGCAAUGGAGGUGGUCAAUACCUCGAUCGAAGCGCUAGCUUCGCGCACCGGCGCAUGCUCCGAAAUCAUCUCCAAAGUGCAGACCGUCGGACGCGUCUGGGAUGAGCACCCGGACUGGCCCGGACGAGGUUGGUACGUCCGGCUGUUGCUGGCGGUCGCAGGACUAAGUCGCGUUGUUGAGUGGUGGGAAGCGGAGAAAGGCUUUUGGAACUUUGAAGACGAGAAUGAGCUUCAGGGAGGAGAGACCAUCCGCUUCAUCUUAGGCGAGGGAGGCGAUGCUCCUGGGACGACGCACGACAGUGCGACAACUAGCACAAAUCCAUUGCAUAGCCCUCUGCGUGUACGCGGAGUAGCCUUACCUCCAUCGUCAGAAUACAGCAGCAGUGCCAGCUCACCGGCUUUGGAACCACUUACUUCGCGACGGGUCGUCUCCGAGAGCGAUCGGUCGCGACUCAUUGCUGCUCAUCUUGCUCAAGACCAAGCUGCUGAGCAGCAAACACGGCAAACAACAGAAGAAGAAGAAAAGAUUGUCACGCUUCAGGCCGCGGCGGAGACCUCGAACGUCCUGAUCGAGCUUAGUCUGGACGACGAAACGCUCCUAUACGUCAGCCCCGCGUGGCGAAUUGUGGUUGGGUCGGAUCCUUCAGAUGUUUUGGACAGGCCAAUCGCAGACCUCUUGGCGCCCGGAGACGUCACUACAUUUGCCGAGGCAAGAGAGCAGCUGCAGGUCAAUGAUUCCCACACUGUCGAGGCUGCAUUUCGCCUUAAAGUUGACCGGUCCAUGGUGCAGAUCAGCGAGGGCGAAGAUGAAGCGACAGACUACUAUCAAGAAAUGGAAGGCAAAGGCAUGCUCAUGCGCGAUCGUCAAUCCGGUCAAGCUUCGCACACGAUGUGGGUGUUCAAGCCCAUGGCAAGUCCUGAGCCCAAAGGUGACCUUUCUCCGCGACAACAAAAAGCGUCCUCCGACGCAGGAGAGCCGCCUGCAGUCGUCGACCCAGCGAUCGCCAUCAACACCGAUCCACUACUAUGUCGAAUUUGUGAGAGGGACGUUCCGACGUGGUUUUUUGAGAAGCACAGCGAGAUCUGCAACGAGGUGCACAGACUAGAGAUGGAAAUUGGAGAGAGCAAUGAGGCGCUCUCGGAACUCAUUCAGGUCGUCAAGUCAAUUUCGAGUCAAAUGGAGGUCAUGUCUGGGGAUGAGUCGAAUGCAAAUCCUAUCGAGUAUCGUGGAGUUCCUAUCAUCACUCCUCAUCCAUCGAACGUGCCUCCAUCCGCGCUGGAGAUCGCGACGCGAGCGAUAUCUCCGCGUCAUCCGCAUGCGGCAAGUGUUCGGAAACAGCAUUUGCGCGCCCUCGAUAGCCUGCUCGAGGCCUUGCGAAGCGCGGUCACCAUCUCCACUCCUGCAGUUAAAGAGGAUGUGGCCGAACAGCCCAUCGAAAAGCAGCGCUUGUUAUCUCCCGAAUCAGAAGGGAAGGUCGGUCAUGCACGCAACUGGCGCCGUCCAACGGUGGAAGAUGGUGGCCUCGACACGUUGGCGAUGGACGUGGAGAGUGCUAUCAAGGUUAAAAUCAGCGCGGUGACUCGAAUGCUCAACACAAUCAUUUACGUGGAAACUGUGCGGCAGGAGUGGGAAGCACGAGUUGAAGCAGCGCUGGCGGAUGCCGAGGGCUCUGACACUGACGGAGCUUCUGACCAAUCGUCAAGGGGUGCCGACGAGCAGGCAGCUGGUGUCAACGAGACCGCUAUGGAUCGUGUGCACGACCUGUCCGCAGCCCUAGAAGUGUCCGAGCCCGACUCGAACGAGGACGAAGAAGAUGGUCACACUUCAGGCAUUCUCCUCGAACGUGACGACCGUGGUCUGCCUUCCUUCUCCUCAUCAGAACCCUCGCCCUCGCCUGGUGUCGGGGACGAUGAUGACAUCCCAGGAGUGGAGAGCCAGAUGGGCGGAGUUGCAGAUGCGCAUGCUUCGCCGAUUCCCAUAUCCGGCGGAUCGGACAACGGUGCGACGCAGUCAGAAGAGGCCCCCAAGCAAGCGCAAUCCAGACGCAAGAGCGUGAACACUACUUCCACACUACAGACACGCCGAAUGUCCACCCUGAGUCAGCCAGGCGUGGUGCACACGCCACCACUCUCGCCGCGUCAGCUACCUGAAUUGGCGGGCAGCGCUGGGAAGGUGCGCCGCAUAUCCAUGUCCCAGCGCAACAGUCCCCAACUCAGCGCAUCCGCAGCGGUAUCGCCACGCCUGCCGCCCAUGGCACCGUCCUCCAGACCGACGGCUUCUUCUAUCAAAGACUUCGACAUCCUCAAGCCCAUCAGCAAAGGAGCAUUCGGAUCGGUCUUUCUGGCAAAGAAACGCACCACGGGCGACUACUACGCCAUCAAAGUCCUAAAAAAGUCGGAUAUGAUUGCCAAGAAUCAAAUCCGCAACGUCAAGGCGGAAAGGAUGAUUCUGAUGACCCAGACCCAGUCGCCAUUUGUCGUCAAGCUUUUCUUCACUUUCCAAAGUGCUGAAUAUCUGUACUUGGUGAUGGAGUAUUUGCCAGGCGGGGACUGUGCAUCGCUCUGCAAAGCUCUUGGCGGUCUGCCCGAAGAGUGGGCGCGUAUUUUCGUCGCAGAGGUAGUCAUCGGCCUUGAACAGCUCCACAAACAAGGCGUCGUUCAUCGUGACAUGAAGCCUGACAACCUUCUCAUUGAUCAAAAAGGGCAUCUGAAACUUACCGACUUUGGUCUUUCCAAAUACGGUCUGUUGGGCCGCCAGACUCGAGGGACUAUGCGGCCGCAUCACGGCCGACCUUCUGAAGGGCGGCAUGCCAAGGAUGAUUCGACAGGAUCGGGUUCAGCCUCGGGGUCAGCAUCAGGAUCUGGCUUCGGGCCAGGAUCUUUGCCCACGUCGGCGACAUCCGUCGGGACUCCUCUGAGCAGGAACGGAUCUCAGAAGCUUAGCAGCCCAUGGCGAGCCGUUGCUAGUCCGACCACCCCAGGGCUCAGCAAUGUCGUCCAGUCGCAGGCAUUCUACACAGCUCCGCUGCGCGGCCGUAUCAUCAGUGAUGCUGGGUCUUCGACAGUCUCCGAGACUACUCACGAUGCCCCUGCUAGCCGACGCGAUCUCGAUUCACCAGCCGCCCCUCGGAACAAGAUUGUGCCGGUUCCAAGCAGCGCAUUGCUGGAAAGUCCAGGACAGAUUUUUGGCUCGAAUGCGCUCGCGGAGUCCUUUCAGGCUUUGACCACCAACUCAGGCGGGUCGGGACAGCCGCUGAAGAAAUUUGUUGGAACGCCUGACUAUCUGGCACCAGAAUCGAUUCUGGGUAUUGGUAUGGACGACAUGGCCGUCGACUGGUGGGCAGUCGGAGUGAUUCUCUACGAAUUCUUGUACGGAUAUCCACCCUUCCAUGCAGAAACACCCGAAAAAGUGUUUGACAAUAUUCUAUCGCGCAACAUCGACUGGGAAGACGGAGCAAUGGACUACUCGCCCAGCGCCCGAAAUCUGAUGGAGCGACUAAUGUCAUCGGACCCAAAGGACCGGCUCGGAACCCGAGGUGCCGAUGAAAUCAAGGCGCACCCCUUCUUUACUGGAAUAGAUUGGCAGGCGCUCUCUGAUGGAGAGGGCCCUUUCGUGCCGCAAGUAACAGAUCCAGAGUCGACAGACUACUUUGAUCUUCGGGGUGCAGUUCAUCAAGAAUUUUCGGGCGAGAUCGAACGCUCCCGUAGCGAGGGCGUCCGCCGUGACGCAUUCUCCCGUGCUAUCGAGAGCAAGCACAGAUCGCGGCUUGAAGCUAAUCGACCGGCGUCUCGCCUUCGCAACCGUCUUGCCGAGCGGAUACGCACCGAACAGCAGCAGGGUCCCGACGAAUUUGGGUCGUUUUCGUACAAAAAUUUGCCCGUGUUGAAACAAGCGAAUGACGAAGUGAUCCGCAAAAUGCGAGGGGACCAGCUACCAGCGUUAACACAGGCACUCGAGCAGCCGCUACUACAUGCCCGGCAUCGGAGCCUCUCCGGAAAACAUGGACGUGGAAGCGUGGGAGGGUCCCAAGGUGCUAGUAGAUUUGGUGCGCACCCUGGCGGACCACCAUCUCCGUCGAACUCGGCAUCGUCUCAAGGCUCUGGGCCAUCACGCUCUACUGCUCCGACCUCACCCGCUGCUGUGCAACAGGCCCACGCUGGGAGCAAGUCGCACCGUCGCUUGCCUUCGGAACUGAUAGCGUCCAGUCCUGGCAGUGGUAAUGCGCCUUCCUCCAGCGGGCUGUUCGCUGCAGGCAAUCAGGCUUCAUCCUCUACAGGCAUGGAUCGCCGACGCUCACAAUUGGCCGAGUCCGUGACUGACGGCAACGCAAGUCCAAGGCGCAUUUCACUGCCCCUACGACUGCACACGGACUUGCUCGGCAGUCCAGACCGGCCCAGUUUGCCCACCAAUUGGCGCGAACGCCGUCAGGCCGAGAUCACGGGCAUUGGGGAAGGACCAGCUGCUAGCGUGGAGGACGCUCUCGUCUCAUCUACGGCCGAGACGGUCACUUGUCUCGUGGCCGAAGACAAUCCAAUCUCGCUUCGCAUGCUUGAGAGCAUUUUGCGGAAGCUGGGCUGUCAGUGUUCGACCGUACGCAACGGUGCCGAGGCCGUGCGACUUGCCAUGGGAGAUGUCAAGUAUGCCGUGCUGUUUGUAGACGUGUCUCUACCGAUUGUCAAUGGGCAAGACGUCGCGCGAAUGGUGAAGUCCACACGCAACAUCAAUUCGUCGACUCCAAUCGUCGCUCUGGCUUCUUUUGACAGGGAUACCGGACUCAAUGCUUCAGGAAGCGUCUUUGAUGCUGUUUUGGCGAAGCCGCUGGAGCUCUCUGACGUGUGCGAGGUGCUACCUCGGCUGGGAUUCACAAAGGAACCUCCGCGUCGAUCCGCUGGCAGCAUGGGCUCAGCCGUGCCGCCAUCCGAUGUCGAGAGCCACGCGGAUGCGGCGGAGGGAUGAUCCCGAGCCUCGCUUGAGCGUCAUGUUCGAUGCUUGCUCUCACCUUUUUUUUUUUUUACGAAACUCUCAUGACACUUGGAACGCUCAUCACACCUCUCAUU